AUGCGAGUCAACUGCCUACGGCAGAUCGUGGUCGGUCGGUCGGUCGGUUGGUCCGUUGUGGGCAGAGCCUGCGCUUGCAGUGGUGUUGAGCGAGAAAGGCAGUUUGCAGUUAUUGACAGUCAGUCGGCCCCUCCAAAUAAUGAUUACAAAGUGAAAAUGGAUAUUGGAUUCAGAAAUUUAAGAGAUAUACUCAACGCUGAAAAUUUCGAUGCCGAAGAGUAUGCUGAAGAUUUAUCAGCUUCUAAAUCAUCUAUUAAAGAAAAGGAUAAAUUUGUCAAGGAUGAACAGUUACAGCAAUUGCUAGACAGCAUUGAAGGAUAUAAGGAUGCAGAGGUUACUUCAGACACGCAUAUCGUCACACAAGGAAAUUUACUAGAGAUAAAUCCUGAUACAAAACAAGCUUUAAGGAACGUCUUCAUGUUUCUUUUAAGUGAUCGGAUCCUAGUUACAACUCCAUUACCGCAACGCGAAAGAAAAAAUAAUCUCAAAUAUAAGCUAGAGGCUGAAUACUUGUUUGGUUCGUUUGCUGUCGUUGAUGUUCUUUCGGACUCAGGCGUGAAGAAUGCCUUCAAAUUCUUACCUAGUGAAGCUUUCUACCAAACUGGUAGUAGUGAAGCUAAGAGUAUGUGGUUAAAAACUAUAAGGGAAGCAAUGGAGAGCGCAGAUUCUCGUAACAUGUUACAGGCGAAAGAUGAUCCUAUUAGUUCAACAGAAAUCAACAUUAAUGUCGACUUUAAUCAGCAAUCACAUGCAAGUGAUCCUACAUCGGCAGAAGAAGUGACGCAGUUGUUCGAAGAUUUAGAUAUUUGUGUAGCCCAAAGAGACUUUGAAGGAGCUGCUACAUUCGUCAUUAAAAUUCAUGACAUUAUUGCCCACCGUGGAGGGACCGAAGAUAAAGAAUACAAAAAACGCUUGGACGAAAUAACUUUAGAGUUGUCUUCAAAUCUGGCCCAGGAACUUACCAGUUUUUACGGUUCUUCUCUUCCCGGUGGCACUAGUUCUGUCAGAAAGGCUGUUGAUAUUCUAAAGAGACUUGAACGAACAUCUUUGGCAUGUCAACUAUUUAUGAAGAAUCGAAGUUUUGCAACUAGAUACAAAUUGCGGCAAUUAAAAAUUGAAGGCGCUAUAACUUUAUACAUAACGAAGCUUUCACGAGCAUUUUUUAACGAGAUGAUACGAGCUGCAAAAGAGUUCCGUACAUCGUUUGAAGACAAGCCUGAAUGCUUUUCUUCUUUUGUUAUUUGGGCCAGAGGUGAGAUGAAAGCUUUCGUCAGCAGUUUUUCUCGUCAAGUAUUUCGAAACAAUCUAAAUAUCUCUGUGGUAUCAGAAUGUGUGAGAGUUGCGUGCAACUAUUGUGAUGAGCUAAAAUCGGUAGGAUUCGAUUUAAAAUUCAUUUUGCACCGAGUUUUAUUAAAGAAUAUUCUUGAGACGAUUUUUGAUGCUAGAGACCAGCUGAUAGAUGCAUGUAAACACAGGGCUAUAGAUGAGCAAUGGAGGUCCGUAAAUCUACGAAAGGAAGAGACAGCUCAAGUUUUAGUUCAUGAAAUGAAUAAUUACGGAAUAGAAUCCUUUCAAAACUAUAUAUACAAUGGUUGUGUAAUUCUCUUAAGUGAGUCCGUGAUAGCUUUUGUUAAGAGGAUUAUGACUUUCUUGGAGGGGUGCUUUCAAUUUGAUGUUUGCGAGAUUAACGCAGUCAUAGUGGAAUGCAUCUGCGAUAUCUUUAAGUGUCAAAUUAGGAAUAUGAAAGCGACACUGGCAUCAAAACAAUUUGCUAAUGAAAAACCGUUUAUCUUAAAAAAUGCAGUGUUUCUAAAUCAUUGUUUACUGUCUUGCAUCAAGCGUAAAACAGAAGCAAUAUUUGGAUACUCUUUUAAGGAGUUUCGACAGCUCAGCUCAUUCAUCGAUAGCGAAUUAGCUAUAAAUGAAAAAGCCAAUGCGACAAAGUCUCAGGCAGAUUAUCCAUCCCUCAAAUCUGGACAAAGUGCAAGUCUUGAUGAAGAGUUUGACUAUGAUGAUGCAGAAUUUGUAUAG